AAAUUGAAAGUAGUAGAGAAGUAGUUGUGAUUGGUAAAUGGCACGCAUAGGUUGUAGACUCUAAUAGGUGCCUUUAAAGUUUCUAUUUAAAAUUUUGAACAAAUAAAAUUCUAAACUAAUAUGAAGAAGAAUAAGACUCUCAAUACAGCUGUGGUACAAAUCUAUAAAACAGAAGCUUCAGCUCAUUCACAUUGGAAGAAAAAAUACACCGGUGUCGUUUGUUUCGUUAAGGACAGUGCUAUACGUUCCUAUUUUCUACGUGCUUAUUGUUUAAUUAAACAUGAAUUAAUUUGGGAGCACGAGCUGUAUGAUGAAAUGAAAAUUAAUAAAGCUCGUCCAUUUCUAAUAACCUUUGAGGGACAGGAUGGUCAUGUGGGUUUGAAUUUUGUUUCCGAAGAGGAAUGUGCAUCAUUUUAUAGUGUUGUCAAUUCAACAAUUGAGACUAGAAAUCGUAAAAAAUUAGGUAAGUUUAUUUUAAAAAAUCUGUGCCUAGUCAAGCGUUCUAAAGAAAAUAAACCUUAUAUAUUUGUUGAAGUUGUUAUGUUACAUUUGCCAAAAUAA